AUGGCUGAGAGCAAGCCCAUCCCCCCCGCCAAGGCCGGCUGGCCUCUGUGGAAGAAGCUCACCAUCGUCGCCGUGGCCCUCAUCGUCGCUAUUGCCCUCGGUGUUGGACUCGGCGUCGGCCUGACGCGCGACAACGGCGACGACAGCGACGAUAGCGGAGACAACAGCGGCAAUGACGGAGACAACGGCGACAACAACAACGACAACAACAACACCGGCAUCUGGCAGCCCGACGUCGGUGCCUCGUGGCAGAUCAUCCUCAAGUACCCCAUCAAGCUCGAGGACGACAGCACCGACGGCCUCGCACCCAACGUCUCCAUCUGGGACCUCGACGUGUACGACAACGACAUCACCAUCUUCCAGGCCCUGACCGCUGCCGACAAGAAGAUCAUCUGCUACUUCAGCGCCGGCUCGUGGGAGGACUGGCGCGACGACGCCGACGACUUCGACAAGGCUGACCUCGGCAAGGGCCUCGACGGUUGGGCCGGCGAGAAGUGGCUCAACGUAUCUAGCCCUGCUGUGCGCAAGAUCAUGCAGAAGCGCAUCAAGUACGCCGCUGACAAGGGCUGCAACGCUAUUGAUCCCGACAACGUUGACGGUUACCAAAACGACAAUGGCCUGAACCUCACCGAGGCAGACACCGUUUCUUUUGUCAAGUUCCUCUCCGAAGAGGCCGCCCAGUACAACAUGUCAACCGGCCUCAAGAACGCCGGCGGCAUCAUCGACAAGGUCAUCGACUACGUCCACUUCUCCGUGAACGAGCAGUGCAUCGAGUACAGCGAGUGCGAGACCUUUUCCAAAUUCAUCGACGCUAACAAGCCCGUCUUCAACAUCGAGUACCCCUCCAAGGCCCCCAAGGUCUCCUCUUCCGCCAAGUCCACCAUCUGUGCCACGUCCGGCGAUGCCAAGGGCUCUAACAAGUUCAGCAAAGUCAUCAAGAAGAUGAUCCUCGAUGGAUGGGUCGAGUACUGUGGCGAAACCGAGACGUUUACCACCGAGGUGGACAAGUCCUAG